UUUUCAUUUUAACCUCUCAACUUUUGAAAAUAUCUAUUUUAGUCCCGGGCUUUCCUUUUUUUUGAUCUUAUAGCGUCUCUUAUUCGUCCGGCGGUUGAUCACUAUCAUCAAAGUAACCAAGUAUCAUAUAAAUAGAAGGCUUUAGUUCGAAUCACAACCAACUUCCACACACACAGUAUGGUGCAAAAUGGCUUCCGCUCGUUUCCCAUCGUUUCAUUUCCACAGCCCAGUUUCCACGCGGCGAAGACCGUCCGACCACCGCAGAGCUCCGAGAUGCCACGGCGGCGUCGGCGAUGAAGAGAAUCAGAAGGACAUCGUGGACGCGAAUUUGACGGUGUUGAGAGCGAGAAUGGAAGAUUUGAGGAAGAAGGAGCGGCGGAUUCCGCUUCCAGCACGGCGCGGAGGACUCGAAUUCGAUAAUGGCUGGAGGGUGCUUGGAGGUGGUGACUACGGUUGGCGGUGCAGUUGGGCUUGUUUUUGUGGGUGGAUCUUUAGGCAUCUGUUUGGUUGCUCUUUUAGUACGUCAUUUCUGGUAAUUGGAUGAUUUUAAUGGGUUUAUAUUUUCAUUUUGGAAUUUUGAAUUUUCAUUUUUAAAAAUAUAUAUUUUAAUUUUCAAUUUCCAAAACAAUCAUUUUACUGGUACUUGCCUUUGUUAUUAUUAUUUUUUUGUAGAAAAAAAUGUGUGGCUCUAAUAAUUCAUUCGUAUGUUUCAAAUAAUAAUAAUAAUAAUAAUACAUGCAUACUACUGAUUA